CUUCGAUUGAGACAGACCCACAGAGACUUUCCUGCAGGGGGAAAAGGAGACGGGAGGUGGAGACUAACUCAAACCAGGACCAACGAUGGUGACACUUCAAGAGCAGCUCCUCAGUGUUUUGGAGGAUUUGGGAAAAGAAGACCUGAAAGGGUUCCAGUGGUUCCUGCAGAACGCUGAGAUAAUGAGUCCCUUCCCAGCCAUCCCAAAGUCCAAACUGGAGACGGCAGACAGGAUGGACACUGUGGACCUGAUGGUCCAGACCUACGGCAAAGACCCUGUGGAGGUCACCAAGAAGGUUUUGAGUAAGAUGAACAAAAAUGAUCUUGUUCAGCGUUUGUCAGGCACCAGCUCAGGAGCUGAGGACAGUAACAGCUCCCUGUGUGAAGGGGAAAGACGAGAUGAUCUUCCAUCAGCUGCCAUAAGGAAGCCCCUGGGUCAGAGUGCUGGAGGUCUCCAUCUAGACAUGAGUUUGCUCUCUAUACGGAAAGACUUCAUCAGUGGGGUCUCAGGACCUACACUCAAACGUCUGCUGGACGGGCUUUUUGAGAAACGGGUGAUAAAUGACUCUGAGCGGGAGGAAGCACAUGGGAUGCAGAACAGAGCAGACAAGGCCAGUUUUGUCAUUGACAUGGUGAGGAAGAAAGGGGAGCGUGCUAGUUCACAGAUGAUAGCACUCCUCUGUGAGGAAGACCCUUUCCUCUCUGAAAACCUUGGGUUGAUGCGAAAACACAACUAACCAAAUUGUGAUGAAGAUAAAAUGAGAAAUGGAAAACUGACCAUUUAAACUCAAUGGCUGCCCAAAACAUCUCUUGUGCGAUAAUGUGAACAUAUCCUCAUGACCAUAAAAUUUAGAUUGACCAAAGAAUAAAAAUGGGACGAGGUGUCGGUGUUCCUCAGCACCCAAACUACUGUCAGCACUUCUCCCCUCAGAUAUUCAGCUUGUGAGCGUGUCUGUCCAAAGCACCUUGAUUUCUCAUAGAGGAAACGCCCGUGAACUCACAGUGGACCCAACCUUGGCUCAUAAUUUGGGUUCUUGAGUCCAGCCUGUGGACUGUAAAAA